AAUAAACAUUAGAAAUUAGAAAUCAAAAUGGAAGCAGGAAAAUCUUUAUAUUACUCCAAUUUCUGUAGACUAUGUUCUGAAAAUAACGAUCAUGGAAUAGACAUAUUUUCUAUUACUGAAGAAUCGAUUGAAUUAUCAUUAGUUUUGAAUAAGUAUUUACCCAUCAAGAUCCAAGACGACAAAAAGUUUCCAAAACGUAUUUGCCCAGGAUGUCACAUACAACUGGAAUCUAUGAAGUUAUUUAUGGAUCUCAUUAUAGAAGGGCAAGUUAAGCUGAGAAAUAUGUUUCGAAAUCAGCAAGAAAGACACAUCAAAGAAACAAGGCAAAAACAGCAACUGGAAGCAGCCCUGCACAAUGUGAAUCCCAAUAGUUCAGUAGAAAGCUUCACCAUACAGUCUGAUGAAGAUGGAGACAAAUUCCUUAUUCAGAUACUUUCAGAUGGUCCAUUAUUUCCACCUGAGCAUGAGUUGGCUCUUAGAGCUGAAGGUUUAGAAAGACCCAAGAAAAAAAGGGGUAGGCCAUCAAAGUCCCAAGUUACAGAAUUAGAUAAGACAGAUGUUGAAGAACCUUCACCUCAAGACAUUGUACUGGAAGAGAAUGAAUUUGAAGAAGAUGAUAGGCCUAAAAAGAGAAAAAUCAAGGCUCCUGUGAAAUUUGAAGGUAUUGUACAAGGAGAUGAAUUGGAAAAUAUUCUCAAAAAAGAAGGUGUUUUGGAUGAUGAGAUUAUAACAAAGAAUGAUAUUUUUUGUGUUAAAAAACAUGAUGAAAUAAUUGUUGGAAGAGCAGAGAAUGGAAAUGGUGAAGAUUUAGGACAGCCUGUAUUUUUCCAUAAUUAUAAAAGUAAAUCAAAGAUUGGGUACCUGAAGAAGAAAAACAAGAAAAAGUUUGAAUGUGAUAUUUGUGAUAAGGAAUUCUUCAAUCAUGGGCACUAUUUGCUGCACAAGAAAACUCAUAACCAUUUAUACGUUUGUGAUCAUUGUGGUUUUGGAAAAAAUGAUAGGAAUAUAACAAAUCAACAUCAGGCUGAAACUGGGCAUCAUGGUAUAACAGUUACUGAUUAUCAAGAUAUUGAUGUAAGUGUCGUUAAUACGAAAACGACAGAAAUCAUUGUGGAAAAUCCUCCAUCGGCUAUCACUUGCCAAAAUUUCGUAUGCGGGGAAUGCAACAAAUCAUUCUCCACCAAACAAAACCUGGAAGUUCAUAACCGUGCCGUGCACAAUCAGAGUGUCGUUAAUACGAAAACAACAGAAAUCAUUGUGGAAGAUCCCCCAUCAGACGUCACUUCCCAAAAAUCCGUCUGCGGAGAAUGCAACAAAUCAUUCUCGACCAAGCAAAACCUGGAAGUUCAUAACCGCGCGGUGCACAAUCAGGUGAAGCCCUUCGAAUGCCAUAAAUGUGAUAAGACCUUCGCCUAUGCCAGCACCCUGAAGUUCCACUCGAUCAUACACGAUAGAGAGGAUGGUGGGAAUGCUGCAAAGGGAUUCCCUUGUGACACGUGCGGGAAAGUUAUGGCACAUCCGAGCAGCUUGGCCUACCACAAGGAAUCCGAACAUGGCGCUGGAAAUAGAUUCGUAUGCACCAGGUGCGACAAGACCUUCAAGCAUCGCCAGCUGCUGCUGCGCCACCAGCUGGUGCACACCGAGAGGCGGCCCUACACGUGCAAAAAGUGCGACGCCACCUUCAAGUCACAAGCGAACCUGGCCAAUCACGAGGUGGUGCACUCGGGCGCCAGGAAGUACGUGUGCAAGGUGUGCGGCCAGCGGUACGCUCAUAGGACCUCGCUGACGCUGCACCAGAGAUGGCACGAUGGGGAAAAGCCUUACAAUUGUGAAUUUUGUGACAAGUCGUUUUCACAGAAGGGAAAUCUGUUGGAGCACAGAAGGAUCCAUACGGGAGAAAAACCGUUCUGCUGCGACGAGUGCGGCAAAUCUUUCACUACUUCUUCACAGUUUCAGAUGCAUAAAAAGAGACAUACAGGCGUGAAACCGUGGACGUGCGAAUUCUGCCACAAGCGCUUCCUGCACGCCGACUCGUACAAGGCGCACGUCAACCGGCACCUCGAGUACCGGCCGCACCGCUGCACACUGUGCGAGCGCUCGUUCGUCGAUCCGUGGUCGCUCAAGCGCCACCUGCGCACGCACACCGGCGAACGGCCGUACCGGUGCGAGCGGUGCGACAAGCGGUUCGCCGACAGCUCCAACAAGUACAAGCACAUGCGGCAGCACGAGCGCGAGGACAAGGCGCGGCGGGAGAAGGGGGUGGAGGCGGAGGGGGCUGUUGGCGGGGUGGUGGAGAAGGAUGCGGCUCUAGAGAUUAGACAGCUUACUGACCAUCAAGGUAACCCGAUCAGCAUUACCACGCAGGAUGGAAAAACUGUUCCGGUGGUCACUGUGGGCGACGAUGACGAGAGCAUACAAGGAUUAAUGCCCGAUGGAACUCUGAUACCCAUCGAAAUUGCGACUGAACCAGUGAAAGAGGUGCCUAAGCUAUGCAUAACCGAAGAGUCGUCGAUGAAAGAACCAAUCCUGAUGGACGAUAGCACCGGAAUCGUCCAAGUCAAUGGGGCAGGCCUCGACCCGGGUAUAUUCGUCACUGACGAUAGCGGUCAGGGAGUUUGCCUCGUAUACACAAUGGAGGAAAACAACGAGGUGGACCAACAACUCGCCAUCGAUCCCUUGCUAAUCCAAAGCCGAUGAUCCUGAGUAUUUUUAUUUUAAUGAAUAUCGUAACUUUUCAAUUGAACUUUUAUUUUUCGUCGACCUCAACGAAAAAAUACAUACGUACUAAUUUCCGAAUGAAAAAUCAUAUUUUCUUAGGCAAAAACUCCUCGUCCGCAGACGUUGAAUAUUCCUUGGCAAACUCUUUUAGUCCGUUGUGGUCACUAGGAUACGGCACGGUGCAAGAGCGGCGAUUGAGUUGAACAUGACUGUGAAAUGCUGUUUUCAAAUUAAUUAUUCACGAAAUUCGAUAGAUUUUACAUGUAGGUAAAUAAGAUUGUGGUGUGAAUAUAAGUGUUUGAGGUCGACGAAAAAUUGUGAUUUGUACCUCGGCGACAAACUGUAUAUUGUCUCGCCUGCUUGCCAGCCUCGGAUGUACCUUGGCUAUCAAUUUGGUUGACUAUGAAAGACAGUUUUUCGUCCUUGGUACAUGAAUAACUAUUUUCUACAAACGUCAAAAAUGACAAGGUUCGCGCACUGGAUGUAAACUAUAAUAUGAGAUUUUUGUAUUUUAACCUUCAUGGUCAUCAAUCCAUCAAAUAUCCAAGGCAUUUAUUUUUAAAUAUUCAACAAUAAUUAAGGCUUUUUAAGCCAGUUACACACUAUUUUUUGUUUGCAACUCAUGCGCCAAAUACUUUGCUGAUCUAUUUUUUCAACUCGCCUGUUCCUCGUUGAAAAAUCUGUUUUUGGUAACCAAGUAUUUCGCGCACUACAUACAAAAAUAACUGAUUUAUUCUUCUACAAUCAUUAUUGUGUUGAGAUGUUUUAUUAUUAUCAUGGUGCCAUCUGUAGUUGUUUUCUGGUAUAGUGGUUACACUCCACAAGUGAAUUUGUUCAAAUAACAAUCAGGAUAUCUGUAUUUAUUACUCAAAAUUAAAUAUCAAGUUUGUGAAACUGGGGAAAGUGGCCAAUAUUUUGUUACUUGUGCCCAGAUGUAUGUAUAUAAGUAUUUGAAUGAGAAUUGUUUUUUCUCAAGUUGGUAUUAUAUCAGGUCAUUGUACAUUAUCAAAAAAAUAUUGAAUUAUUGAAUAUAAAUAUAAAUUUAUUUAAUAUAGCUAUUGUUUGG